AUGGCACUCCAACUUGUUCAGUUGAACCCAGGUGAAAUAAUUGACCGAUGGCGAAUUGAAAGGAAACUUGGCGAAGGAGGUUUUGGAACAGUCUACGUGGUUGUGGAUAACAAAGGUGCUAGGUAUGCACUCAAGGUAGAAGGAAUAAACGAAAGAAUACAGGUUUUACUUAAAAUGGAAGUCGCAGUUCUAAUGGAAUUAAAUAAAAUAAAUAAUCGACAUUUCUGCAAGAUUGAAGAUAAAGGUCGUUUUGGAACCUUCAACUAUGUCGUUAUGACUUUGGUUGGCAGAAGUCUUCAAGAUUUAAGAAAAGAGCAACCUAUGCAGCACUUAUCCAUGGGAACUGCUCUUGGUAUUGGAAUUCAGGCGUUAGAAGCAUUGGAAGAUCUUCAUUCAGUUGGAUAUUUGCAUAGAGAUGUCAAACCUGGUAAUUACGCAAUAGGUCGACCGGAAAUAAAGGAGCAUCGCAAGAUUUACGUACUAGACUUCGGAAUGUCCAGAAAAUUCACAAGCAAGCAGAAUAUUAUUCGCAAGCCUCGUGCUGCUGCUGGAUUUCGUGGUACCGUACGUUAUGCACCAAUUUCAUGUCAUCUGCAGCGUGAAUUCUCUCGAAAAGACGAUGUAGAAUCAUGGGUUUAUAUGCAAAUUGAACUUACCACUGGUAAUCUACCAUGGAAAAAUAUCCCCGAUAUAAAUGAGGUUGGAGAAUAUAAGAAACGAUGCCGUACAGAGCCAGGACUAACGCAACUAAUGGCUGGUUGUGCGCCUGAAUUGAGACAAAUUCUACAAAUAGUUGAUUCUCUCAAGUAUUACGAUACGCCGCCAUAUAAUCAUAUUUAUUCACUAAUGAGACAAUCGUUUUUGUCCACAAAUACUCAAGAAUUCCCUUAUGAUUGGGAAAAACAAGUUCCAAGAUUCCACUGA